UUCUAGAAUAGUUUGUUUUUGUUUAUGGAAUUUGAUAGAAAGAAUGGAUGUAGAUUCUGUCACUCCAACAAUUGUUAAGAGACCUUUGCUUUCAAUACAGUGCGAUUGGGAUGAGGCUUUAAGGGAAAAAGAUGGUACUGCCUGGAUUUCUUGCAAAGAAUAUGGUAAAAAUAGUAUCCAUGGAAAAUUAACAUCUGUCAAGUCAUCAGAAAAUGAACUGCAUACUAUUGAAGCUUCUGACCGUUUUAAAGUAGAAAAUGUUACACCUGUUUCUCUGUGCCUUUCUCAUGAAGAUCCAAAUUGUAGAUGUGAAUUUUUUGCUCCAAAUAAAAUUUUUUCACGAAUUCAUCAGAAAAGUGUUGUAAGUUUAGAUGUUACUGCGGAGCUUGGUGUCUCUGUGUGUUCAGAAAAUAAACUCUUAAUCUGGAAUGCAGCAACUGGAACUGUGCUUAGAAAUUUAGAAGGUCAUAUAUGGGAUGUCUAUCACUGUUCUUUUUUCCCUUCUGGAAUGGUAGUAUUAUCUGCUGGUGCUGAUAUGCAGAUAAAAAUAUGGGCUGCUGAUACUGGACAGUGUCCAAGAACGUUAACUGGCCAUACAGAGGCUGUGACAGAUGCAGCAGUUGUUGACCGUGGAAAGAAUAUAGUCUCAGUUUCAAAAGAUGGUUCUGCUCGAUUGUGGGAUUGUGGUUCUGGUUCUUGUUUACAUGUUCUUUCAAAAGAAAAUGGUAAUAUCAACUGCUGCGCUAUUUCUCCCGUUGAUAUUGAUGUAGGAGUUCCUGAAAAUCCUCCAAAUGAAAAAGAAGUAGGCACAGAGGGUAAACUUCUCUUGUUAGGAUCUGAGAGUGGCUUCCUGAAAGGUGUAGGAUUACAAAGUCAUCAACAGAUAUUUAAGCACCAGUGUGAGUCAGCUGUCAACUGCUGUUGUUUUAUUUCUUCUACUUCAGUUGCUUUUGGUACUCAGGAUGGCAAAGUGUGGCUUUUUGAUCUGCGAGCACGACAACCUGUUACUAUUUGGGAAGAAUCAACUUCUCCUGUUUUAUGCUUAAUUCCUAUUAAAAAUGGAGUAUUUUGUGGAAGAGGUGAUGGCACUUGUAGUUAUAUUGCUUUUCUUAGUGACAAAUGUAUACAGUUAACUGGUCCUGGCUUUGAUCCCGUGUACUGUAUGGCUUAUAAUGGGACUUCAAUUUAUACUGGUUCGAGAGAUGGUCUUAUUCGAAAAUAUGAUAUUAAGUUCUAACAAUAUAUUAUUGUUAUUAUUUUUUAUUUGCUGCAUGUGUAAAUUGUUAUGUCACUGCCAAAAAUAAAGAUUGCAUUUUUGCCUCUUA